ACGCGACAGUUUAUCAAAUCUGGUUACCUCCCAAGUUCAAGUAAUUGUUACGGUUCAAGUCAUGUUGUUGGGCUAAAGCUUGCAGCCAUUGUUCUUCGACAAGACUUACGUCAGGGUGUUCGUAACCGCCAUGAAUCAAAUACAAUGGGGCCUUGUUUCAAUAAACACCAGUCAUGUCUCUACUAGUAUCUUCCCAGUUUUUCAUAUAUGCAUUUGUCGCUCCUUCCCUUUCACCCAUCUACUUCGACUUGAUUUCCUCUGUCCCGGAUAUUUGUACGCUAUCACGGUGCUGGUACACCCUUCGAUCAUCUCUAGGCUAUCACUACUCAAUCAUUUCUCGUUAUCUGGAGCCUCUGCGAGGACCUGCUCAAAUUACAUCUAAUGCUUCCUCCUCGUGCCUAUGUUUUCAUUGGUCUCAAUGCUCUGCGUAUCCUCAGCAUCAUUGCUCUACUACUGGUUUUCUCCAGUAGUAUUGUUGUAAUGGUUCAUGACAUUGAAGCGGUCAAUCGAUACGUGGCAGAAUCAAGCAACGGUACCGAACCUAUAGAAUAUGGUGAUUACGACUACAUUCCAAACAGUACCGUUCCAAAUCAACCAGCAGGGGCCUUUUGGGCAGUCCUCAAUCGAUUGCUAAUUAUUGGCCAAGUGGUGGUUUUGAUUUUGUCGGAACUCGGGUGGCCAUCUUCUUUUUUUAUACGGUUCUUCCCCGUCCUUGGAAGAGACUUUGGAGUCGGUGCUUUGGGAGUGAUUCAAUGCUUAAUCGGUGCCUCCGUCCUUUCUCAUUUUAUCGAUGGAUUUGCGCUUGUUUCAGCAUUUUUCUUGUUUUCCAUCGGGUGCCUCAACAUACUAGGUGGUCUCAUAUUUCGAGAGUCAUCCAGGGCUAAACGUUCGAUCACAUCAUGGCGUGAGAGAUCAAAGAAUGUCUUUGCGUCACCCAUCGGAGCCUUAGGUCGUCCUAUCGCCACGAUUUCUUCCAUGUUUGAUUCCAAAGAAAAAUCAUCGAACCGUUGUCCAACUUCACCACCCUCAUUUACUGCCAAGGUGGGACACGGAUUUGGGAGCAUAGCUGGAAAAGCUGCCGCCAGCCAAGGGUUCGUAAUAAACAGGCCUGUCGAGUCCUUCCCUCGGCAUUGAAUCGAGCCAGUACCAUGAUCAAGCAAAGCAUAAUCUAGUUGUAUUAGUCCCGUUGUAUUUGAAGCACUGAUGAAUGUCCAAUGAAUAUGCGUAAAUCAGCUUUAU